UAUUACCAUUUGGCAUUUAGCAAAGCAUUUCUUUAUUCUAUGAUAUCUGCUUUUAUAACGUGCAAAUAUAUGUUAAGAUUUGAAGUUUAGAAAUUAAAAAAAUUAAAUUAACAAUAAAAACUGUGAGGUACUUAGUUUUUAAAAACGUCUGGUUGUUUUAUAUAUUUUUGUAGUUCUACAUAUUUUGUCUUUUUAUAUUAUAUUAUGGCUUUAGUUCGUGUUAAAAGACGUCACAACGAAGACCCGUUCAAUUCUGUUGUUAUAUCUCACAAAAAGUUAAAAACAAACGGUGCUCAAAAUUGUGAUUGUGUAUUUCAAUUUGCCGGUACUGUAAAAGAUACAAAUGAAGGUCUUUCACAAAUAUUAAAAGAAGCACGGGAAGGAAGAUCUGUCAAGGACUUGACCAAGACACACAAAAAUAAAAAGUUUACUAAUAUAAUUGGACAUUCUAAAUCUGAACGUUCAAAGAUAAUCAACACUCUUAGAGCUGUAAAACAAGAUACAAUACCAGUGUGUUCUAUUUUAGAUGGAACUGAUACAAAGAUCAAUGUUGUUGAUGUUGAUAUUAUAAACGAUAAAGUGAAACCAUCAAUAGAUGAAGGAAUUUCAAUAGAUUAUGUAUAUGAUUUGUAUUAUGCUCCAGACACUACUAAAGAGCUAAUUGAUAUUCAAGAUAUAGAUAGUGUACACGGCUUGGAUUCAGAUAAAUUUUACUCAAUAUGUGAGAAAGUAGAUGACAACGAAGAUUCGUCUCCGUGUGAAGACGAUGAUGAUUCCAAUGAUGAAGGUAAUUGGAGAAACGAUUAUCCAGAUGAAGAAGAAAUCGAAAACAGUGAUGGUGACUACGAAGAUUUGAUCAUUGGGUCUAAGCAACUAAAUAUGAACAGUUGUAGUAGCAGCGAUAUCGAAGAGGACGAUAACAUUGAAGAUUAUGAUUAUCGUUAUGAAAGAUACAAAGCACGGGUGAAAGCAGAGGAAAAUUACUAUUAUAAUAUUAUACCAGAUACAUCCGAAGAAUCAUGUGAUUCCGGUUGAUUUUGUAGUAAAAUACAGAUUAUGUAAAAUUAAUUUUUACUGCGUAAUUGGCGUUACCAAAUUAUAAUUGUAACAAUUAUCUAUACAAAGUUUUUAAUUUUAGUUUCUGUAUUUUUAUUAAGUAUAUAAACACCAAUAAUUAUUUAUGUAGUUUGUGAAUUUAUAGUAUUUGUUGUUUUUGAGGUAGGUGUAAUCUAAUUUUUUUUUUUGUUGUAUACUUAAGAGAUGAUUUACAUUUGGGUCAAGCAUCUGUCUUUAAAAAAAAUAC